AGCUCACCCUUGUCAGCCAAGAGGUCUGCCUUUGCAGUCAACAUGAAGGUCCUCCUUGUUCUGGGGCUUCUCCUCCUCUCCAUCACUGCCCAAGGCAAGGUCUGGGACAGGUGUGAGUUGGCCAGAUAUCUGAAAAAAGCUGGAAUGGAUGGCUACAGGGGAGUUAGCCUGGCAAACUGGGUGUGUUUGGCCAAAUGGGAAAGUGAUUACAACACACGAGCGUUGAACUACAAUCCUGGAAGCCGAAGCACUGAUUAUGGAAUAUUUCAGAUCAACAGUCGUUAUUGGUGCAAUGAUGGCAAAACCCCAAGAGCAGUCAAUGCCUGUGGCAUACCCUGCAGUGUUUUGCUGCAAGAUGACAUUAGUCAAGCUGUACAGUGUGCAAAGAGAGUUGUCCGUGACCCACAAGGCAUUCAAGCAUGGGUGGCAUGGAAAAAACACUGCAAAAACCAAAAUCUCACUCCGUAUAUUCAGGGCUGUGGUGUAUAAUAGCAGAAUUUCCCUUCUUCAGCUCAUUCCAUCUCUUUUUCAGAUUAAGCGAGUAGUAACUGGAUUUUUCAAGCAUAUCGCAUAUUUACAGAAGCAGGAGCAAAAUGUGUGUUUUUUCUUCUUAGAAACUUAAUGUUUACCAAUGUGUUUAUCAUUUGCUAUUAUGCCUACAAUUUAAAGUUUGCUGAUACAACUAUUGGUCAUGAAGUUUUCUCAAAAAUUGUGGCUGUCAAAUCUAUCUCUUUCAGUGGAGGGAAUGGGGACACAGAUCUCUGGUGGUGGGAGAGGUGUGGAAUUGUGCCCCUAUAAUUAUGUAAAUCACUAAUAAAAAAUUAAAAAUAUCUA